GACUAUUUCACUUCGUUCUUCGUUCAAUUGGACGCCGUUUAUUUAUUUUUCGUGCAAGCUCUUUACCAUUAACAAAGAUGAGUUACAUGCUGGGGCAUCUUCACAACGGCUGGCAAGUGGACCAAGCUAUUUUGUCCGAGGAGGACCGAGUUGUGGUGAUUCGUUUCGGCCACGACUGGGACCCGACAUGCAUGAAGAUGGACGAGGUGCUCUACAGUAUCGCAGAGAAGGUCAAGAACUUUGCAGUUAUAUACCUUGUGGAUAUCACGGAAGUCCCUGACUUCAACAAAAUGUACGAGUUGUACGACCCGUGCACGGUGAUGUUCUUCUUCCGCAACAAGCACAUAAUGAUUGACUUGGGCACCGGCAACAACAAUAAGAUCAACUGGCCGCUUGAGGACAAGCAGGAGAUGGUGGACAUCUUGGAGACGGUAUACCGGGGCGCGCGCAAGGGCCGCGGUCUAGUGGUUUCUCCUAAGGAUUACUCUACCAAGUACCGCUACUGAGCUACCAAGCAUGUUAUUUUUGUGGAGAUUUAUCUUACUGGGAAAAAACAUGGUAGUCCAAUGUGUAUUAGAUAUUAUGUAAAAGUAAAGUCAUAAUAUAUCAAGACCAAGACAGGCAGAGCAGAGCCAAUGAAAGUACAUACAGAGGAAAGAAAACAUAAAAUUUUUUUAAAAUGGGUCACUCACGUAUUAUUAAGUGUACACGGCGCGCCCUCGACCAGUGAAGACGUUGUUGCUCCAUGGAGACGGUUCUCGUAAAUUGGAUCGAAACAUGUCGAGCUAUUCAACUUAAUAAUAUGUGAGUGCCCCGCUUUAAAAUAAUUUAAUAUGUUUGAGUCUCACGGGAGUUUUAAAGAAAGAAAACAUAUUCAUAUUUAUGAAUUUUUCCCUGAAUAACAUUUCCCUUUAUAGGCUGACUCUGA